GCUUUUCUUCACUUUGACCCUGGUAGUCCAUGCCGUAAACGAUGAGUGUUCGUCCUUGGUCUUGCCCUAUAGGCGGAUCAGGGGCCCAGCUAACGCGUUAAACACUCCGCCUGGGGAGUACGGUCGCAAGACUGAAACUCAAAGGAAUAGACGGGGGCCUACACAAGCGGUGGAGCAUGUGGUUUAAUUCGAUACAACGCGCAAAACCUUACCAGCCCUUGACAUAUGAGUAAGCUUAUCUUUAAUCAGAUGGCUCUAAAAACUCAUACAGGUGCUGCAUGGCUGUCGUCAGCUCGUGUCGUGAGAUGUUGGGUUAAGUCCUAUAACGAGCGCAACCCUUAUUUUGUGUUGCUAAAUGAAAACUUUUUCAUUGCACUCACACAAAACUGCCAGUGAUAUACUGGAGGAAGGUGAGGAUACUGGCUUAAAAGACGUUGUCCUCAACUAUGGUGACAUAGUUUUCUAAAAAACCUGGUGAAUUGCAAGAACGCUAAGUGACUCUGAUCAUAUGCCAACUUGCAGCGAAAAAUACUAAAGAAGUAAUUUUGUAAGUAUGUACGUUCAACGACUAGAGAGUGAGGAUACUUCACUAAUAACCUCUCCACGAGCGCCGGCUACUUUGCCAAACUGUACCCAAAAGUCAGGGGAAUAAUUCUACGUGGAUUAUAGGUGCCAUUUUAGGGGACGGUUCUAUCUAUAUCGCCCCCAAAUACUAUAUAUCGCACAUUCCGUUAAACAAAAAGAAUAUUUUUUUUGGAAGUUUAACAAGCUAAAAAAGGGGAGUACUCUCGGAAAAGUUUCAACCAAAAGUAUGCAAACAAACACAUUCCAAGACCGGAAAAAUUUACGAAACAAAGUUUGUAUGUCUAAACCCAUAAAAGAACGCACACUGUGUGUGGUAUCCUAAUGGUGUCAAAACAGUUCGACAAGACUUCGAUUUGUCUCUCAAUGUCGAAGCUUUAGCUCUUUGUUUUAUGGACGAUGGGGACAAAUAGUGCUUUCGGUUCUGGUAUGAUCAUUGAUGUAUCACAUUUUCCCAAGUCAUGUCAAUUUUCUUUGCAAAAGCUACUUUUGAAAAAUUUUAGUUUAGAAACCACAUUUCAUGUGCGAUCAGCGAAAAAUGUGAAACUUUAUAUUCUAUCCGAGCUCGUAGUGCUGCUACUUUUCGUAAUCUUGUCUAAGAGUGGAAAGUACCAGAAAUGAGAUACAAAUUAACUCGCUCUCUCUAAGGGUCAAAUUUGGGAAAGUAGAUGACAUAGUCUGACCUUCUAGGAAACUAGAAGAAAUAAGAGAUAAACACUCUUAUUAUAACACAAACAAAUGGACGUCAAGUCCGCAUGGCCCUUAUGGGCUGGGCUACACACGUGCUACAAUGGCAAUUACAAUGGGAAGCAAGGCUGUAAAGCGGAGCGAAUCCAUAAAGAUUGCCUCAGUUCGGAUUGUUCUCUGCAACUCGAGAACAUGAAGUUGGAAUCGCUAGUAAUCGCGGAUCAGCAUGCCGCGGUGAAUACGUACCUGGGCUUUGCACUUACCGCCCGUCACGCCCUGGGAAUGAACUUCGCCCGAAGGCAUCGACAAGUGUUCAUACUUUAAAAGUCAAGUGCCUGUUGGCUUUUGUCUUAAUUUAUGAACAUAAAUGUCGUAAACCACGGUGGGGUUCGUGACUGAGGCGAAGUCGUAACAAGGUAGUCGUAGGGGAACCUGCGGCUGGACUGU